CUUCUUGCAGGUGUCAAAUUGAUAGCAUCUGACUCCGUCACUGAUUAUAAACAAGAUGAACAAAUACAGGAAUCAGAUGGCAGAGCAGUUCCUGAGUCAGGCCCUGGGCAUCAUCUGCCUGCUAACCGGAGAGGAAUAUGUCAUUAUGAAGAAGAGGCCCUCCCACAGCAGCAUUCACCUGCAGAGCAGCGGAGAGGUGCCUAUAAAGUGUGAUGAUGUUGCCGUGUAUUUCUCUAUGGAGGAAUGGGAGUAUAUAGAGGGACACAAGGAGCUUUACAAGGACGUCAUGAUGGAGACUCACCAAGCACUAAGGACUAAUGAGAUUCCAGGAAAUGAGAGCUCAGAACUAACAGGUCACAGAGAUGAAAAUCUAGACACAGAAACACAAGGAGAACUUGUACAGAAUAUUCAGCCAGUGGAGAGCCCAUCAGACGUCUCUGCAGAACUAACAGGUCACAGUAAUGAAAAUCUAGACACAGGAUCACAAGGAGACCUUGUACAGAAUAUUCAGCCUUCAGAUGUCUCUGCAGAUGAUGAUGAUGAUAUUAAUACUGACGUAGAUGUUAAAACAGAAGAUUUGAGUGUAACGUGUCAGCUGGAAGCUCCAAUGCAGGAAAUGUGUGACAGUGACAAUGCAGGUGUAAAUGAUGCUAAGAUUUCAUGUAACACUAAACAAACUGAAGAUCAGUGGCUAAGAAAUAUGCCAGGAGCUGCAGAACGGGAAAUAUGUGCCAAUAUAAGCACAGGUGAAUUCACAAACGGCAAUAAUCCUAGUCCUGAUAGUUCAGAUGCUUCUUUACAUCUUCUGCAAAAUCAAAGAAGCCACGUGGGAAAUGUACAUCUUUGUAAACAUCUGAAUAUUCAUACAGGAAAAAAGCCAUUUUCCUGUCUUAUAUGUGGAAAAUUGUUUAACCAUAGAAAAAAUCUUGUUGCUCAUCGGAAAAUACAUAGAGCAAAAAAAGGAUUUUUAUGUUCUGACUGUGGGAAAUAUUGUGCUCAGAAAUCACAUCUUAUUGAUCAUCAGAAAAUUCACACAGGAGAAAAAGCAUUUUCAUGUCCUGACUGUGGAAAAUGUUUUACUCUGAAAUCAACUCUUAUUAGGCAUCAGAAAAUUCAUACUGGGGAGAAAGCAUUUUCAUGUUCUGAAUGUGGAAAAUGUUUUACUCUGAAAUCACAUCUUCUUAGCCAUCAGAAAGUUCAUACAGGGGAGAAACCAUUUUCAUGUUCUGACUGUGGGAAAUGCUUUACUCUGAAAUCAACUCUUCUUAGCCAUCAGAAAAUUCAUACAGGAGAAAAAGCAUUUUCAUGUUCCGACUGUGGGAAAUGUUUUACUCAGAAAUCAAAUCUUAUUUCGCAUCAGAAAAUUCAUACUGGGGAGAAAGCAUUUUUAUGUUCUGACUGUGGAAAAUGUUUUACCCGGAAAAUUACUCUUAUUAAGCAUCAGAAAACUCAUACUGGGGAGAAAGCAUUUUCAUGUUCUGACUGUGGGAAAUGUUUUACUCUGAAAUCAAAUCUUAGUACGCAUCAGAAAAUUCAUACAGGAGAGAAAGCAUUUUCAUGUUCUGACUGUGGGAAAUGUUUUGCUCUGAAAUCAACUCUUCUUAGCCAUCAGAAAAUUCAUACAGGGGAGAAAGGAUUUUCAUGUUCUGACUGUGGGAAAUGUUUUGCUCUGAAAUCAACUCUUCUUAGCCAUCAGAAAAUUCAUACAGGAGAGAAAGCAUUUUCAUGUUCUGACUGUGGGAAAUGUUUUGCUCUGAAAUCAACUCUUCUUAGCCAUCAGAAAAUUCAUACAGGAGAGAAAGCAUUUUCAUGUUCUGACUGUGGGAAAUGUUUUGCUCUGAAAUCAACUCUUCUUAGCCAUCAGAAAAUUCAUACAGGGGAGAAAGGAUUUUCAUGUUCUAAAUGCGGAAAAUGUUUUACUCGGAAAACAACUCUUAUUAACCAUCAGAAAACUCAUAUUAAAAGAAAUCAGAGUUUAACCUCCUAAGUACAGAGGGUGGUAUGUAGUUGUCACCCACACAAUACCAAGUGCUGAUUAUGACUGCAUGACCCCCUGGAGCAUGCAGUUUUGGAGCUGUUUGAUUCCCUUUCUGCACAUCAAGCAUUUAUGAGGUGACCCCAGGGUGGAUGUGAUUUAAAUCACUAGUCAGUAGGAUUACAUUAAUAAUAACAAUAGAAAUAGUUUUAUUUAACUAAAACAAUAACAUUAUUUUUUAUUUUAAUGCUUGCCCCUCCCUCCUCACACUUAGGUCCUUGUGCAGAUCUAUUCCACUACAAUCUUCUAUUCAGUGAACUUCCUGAAAUUUAGUAUGUGUUGAUUCUGUGUACAUAGAUUUGCAGGGGAGCAAUGACAUUAAAGGAAAAUACAGUCAAAAUUAAACUUUCAUGAUUCAGAAAGAACAUUAAAUUUUUAAUAAUUUUCUAAUUGACAUAUCUAAUUCUUGAUAUCCAUUGUUGAAAAGCCUGCAUAGUUAGACUCACUCAGAUGUAAUGUACUACUGUGAGCUAGCCUGUUGUCACUGUCUCAUCCAUUGUAUUCAGAUAGGCCCCAGUAGAGCAUUGCUCUCCUUCAACUAAGGAUUCCAAGAGAAUGAAGAAAAUAUAAUAGAAGUAAAUCUGAAAAUGGUAUGUUCUAUCUGAAACCCAAAAGUUAUCUUUCAUGAUUAUGGUCUAUUUAUCAACUCUAUGUUAAUUUUAUAACAUUUUACUGUGAAGAAGGGGCCAGUUAUUUAUGCAGAUACAAAUUCACAGUUCAGUGAAGUUGAUUGAAUGGCGCUUCACUUUACAGAUGGACAAUGACCCAAAAACUUAAGGCAGAAAGACCCAUGAACAAACAAUAACUGACAACAGCUGCAGUAAAGGCCUGGCAAAGCAUUACAAAGGAGGAAACCCAGCAUUUGAUGAACUUCCAGACUCUAAGCAGUCAUUGCCUACAGAUUCUCGACAAAGUAUUAAAAAUUAACAUUUUAUUAA